UGAAUUUGCAUUUCCGGGGGCACAGACCUGUAUGUAAACAAUACAGAUGUCUCCCCUGUCAGCUCCAGCAUACUGCUUUGUAUGGCUCUACAAAGCAGAGCCCUACAAAGUAAUGUGCUGACACAGUAAAGCACAAACAACACACUGUAAAAACAGCACACAGUUAACCCUUUGAUCACCCCAGAUGUUAACCCCUUCUUGCCCAGUGCCAUUAGUGCAGUGUUGGUGCUUUUUAUUAGCACUGAUCAUUGUAUUGGUGACAUUGGGGAUGUCAGUGACACCAAGUCAGUUCCCCCCCCAGUGUCAGAAUGCCCUCUGCAGUCCCGCUAUA